AUGGCUGCCGCCGUUGCGAACAAGCCCAAGCACGACUGGGCCGACGACGACGAUAUCGAGGAGACCUCCACCGAUCUCCCUCCCCCCCAGACCAUCUCCAACAAGGACGGCACCAAGACCGUCAUCACAUUCCGCUACAAUGACGACGGCGAGAAGGUCAAGACGACUCGCCGCAUCCGAUUCAUCACCCACACCGAGACCGUAAACCCCCGCGUCGCCGACCGAAAAACCUGGUCCAAGUUUGGCCUCAGCGCAAAGGAUCCCCCAGGUCCUGCCCCCGAUACCACAUCCGUCGGUGAGAACAUCAUCUUCCGACCAAGCAUCAACUGGCGCAAGGAUGCCAAGGACGAGACGGCCGACCCCAACGCCCAGGCCAUGAAGGACAAGCUCAAGGACAAGAAGGUCAAGUGUCGUAUUUGCAACGGCGAGCAUUUCACCGCCAGGUGUCCGUACAAGGACACCAUGGCGCCCAUCGGAGAGAGCGGCGCCGCCGACGUUGCCGCUGGCAUGGGCGACGAGCCUGGUGCUGCCGCCGCUGGUGGGGCUGGUGCCAAGAAGGGUUCAUAUGUGCCCCCGGCGCUGCGUGGCACCGGAGGAGCUGGCGAGCGGAUGGGAUCCAAGUUUGGCGAGAGGGACGACUUUGCUACGCUGCGCGUCACCAACGUCUCCGAGAUGGCCGAAGAGGGAGAGCUGCGCGAUAUGUUCGAGCGGUUCGGUCGUGUCACCCGAGUGUUCCUUGCCAAGGACCGGGAAACCGGCAUGGCCAAGGGAUUCGCCUUUAUCAGCUUCGCAGACCGCGGCGACGCUGUCAAGGCCUGCGCAAAGAUGGACGGAUUUGGUUUCAAGCAUCUCAUUCUCCGGGUGGAGUUUGCCAAGAAGGCUCAGUAG